AUGGAGGAGUUGAAUGAAAAGUAUCCAGACUAUGAAGAAAUGGAUAUAGAAACUUUAGAUAGCGAAUUACCGUACCUUGACAAGGAUCUUAGGGAAAACGAAACUACUGAGGAGACCCAGAAUAUUAACGAGGAAAUUAAUUACGUACAGGAACUGAGGAGGAGAAAAAUAUUGGAAAUAUAUGAAAGCAAAGUCCUUACGAGAGAGCAAUUAGCUGAGAAAUUCCCUGACCUAUCUAAUCUGUCAUAUGAUGAUCAAAUGGAUAGGAGAAACAGACUGUUAAAUGAAAUAAUACUAUCGAAUUUGGACGAAGACAGUUUCAAAGAAAAGUCGGAAGAACUGAGAUACGUCAGAAUGCUAUCAAAUGAUUACCAAAGAGAGUCAAACUUAAAUAAACUUCUCAACUUGAGAGACAAA